AUGGCUGCAUCUCCCCAUCCCUCACCUCCCCAUCCCUUCCCUACCCAUCCCUCAACUCCCCAUUCCCCCUCCCCAUCCCUUCCCUCCCCAUCCCUCAACUCCCCAUCCCCGCCUCCCCAUCCCACACCUCCCCAUCCUUCAUCUCCCCAUCCCUCGUCUCCCCAUUCCGCCUCACCUCAUUCCGCCUCACCCCAUUCAACCUCACCCCAUCCCCGCCUCCCCGUCUCUUCCCUCCCCAUCCCUCUCCUCCCCAUCCCUCAUCUCCCCAUCCCGCAUCUCCCCAUCCUACAUCUCCCCAUCCCUCAUCUCCCCAUUCCGCCUCACCCCAUUCCGCCUCACCCCAUUCCGCCUCACCCCAUUCCGCCUCACGCAAUUCCGCCUCACCCCAUCCCCGCCUCCCCAUCCCUUCCCUCCCCAUCCCUCACCUCCCAGUCUCUCAUCUCCCCGUCCCUCACCUCCCCGUCCCUCACCUUCCCAUGCAUACCCACUUCGUCCCUCAUCUCCCCAUCCCCACCAACCGUGACGUGCAAUCCCCCUGUCGUCCACUCUCACUCCCUCACUCCCGUCGCCCACGCAAACUCUCUUUCCGUCGCCCAGCUCACCAAUCCGCCUCACCCCAUUCCGCCUCACCCGGCGUUCCCCCGCCCCCUCUCUAUCCCCUCCUCUUCCCACCCCAUCUCUCCUCACCUUUCCCCAUCCAUCCUCUCCCCAUCCGUCCUUUCCCCAUCCGUGCUUGAACCCAUCCGACCUCCUCACCACAUCUCCUCCUCACCCCAUCUCCGCCUCACCCCAUCUCCUCCUCACCCCAUCUCCUCCUCACCCCAUCUCCUCCUCACCCCAUCUCCUCCUCACCCCAUCUCCUCCUCACCCCAUCUCCUCCCCACCCCGUCUCCUCCUCACACCGUCUCCUCCUCACCCCAUCUCCUCCUCACCCCAUCUCCUCCUCACCCCAUCUCCUCCUCACCCCAUCUCCUCCUCACCCCAUCUCCUCCUCACCCCAUCUCCUCCUCACCCCAUCUCCUCCUCACCCCAUCUCCUCCUUACCCCAUCUCCUCCUCACCCCAUCUCCUCCUCACCCCAUCUCCACCUCACCUCAUCUCCUCCUCACCCCAUUUCCUCCUCACCCCAUCUCCUCCUCACCCCAUUUCCUCCUCACCCCAUUUCCUCCUCACCCCAUCUCCUCCUCACCCCGUCUCCUCCUCACCCCGUCUCCUCCUCACCCCAUAUCCUCCUCACCCCGUCUCCUCCUCACCCCAUCUCCUCCUCACCCCAUGUCCUCCUCACCCCAUCUCCUCCUCACCCCAUCUCCUCCUCACCCCAUUCUCCUCACCCCAUCUCCUCCUCACCCCGUCUCCUCCUCACCCCGUUUCCUCCUCACCCCAUCUCCUCCUCACCCCGUCUCCUCCUCACCCCGUUUCCUCCUCACCCCAUCUCCUCCUCACCCCAUCUCCUCCUCACCCCAUCUCCUCCUCACCCCAUCUCCUCCUCACCCCAUCUCCUCCUCACCCCAUCUCCUCCUCACCCCGUCUCCUCCUCACCCCGUCUCCUCCUCACCCCAUAUCCUCCUCACCCCGUCUCCUCCUCACCCCAUCUCCUCCUCACCCCAUGUCCUCCUCACCCCAUCUCCUCCUCACCCCAUCUCCUCCUCACCCCAUUCUCCUCACCCCAUCUCCUCCUCACCCCGUCUCCUCCUCACCCCGUUUCCUCCUCACCCCAUCUCCUCCUCACCCCGUCUCCUCCUCACCCCGUUUCCUCCUCACCCCAUCUCCUCCUCACCCCAUCUCCUCCUCACCCCAUCUCCUCCUCACCCCAUCUCCUCCUCACCCCAUCUCCUCCUCACCCCAUCUCCUCCUCACCUCAUCUCCUCCUCACCCCAUUUCCUCCUCACCCCAUCUCCUCCUCACCCCAUUUCCUCCUCACCCCAUUUUCUCCUCACCCCAUUUCCUCCUCACCCCAUUUCCUCCUCACCCCAUAUCCUCCUCACCCCGUCUCCUCCUCACCCCAUCUCCUCCUCACCCCAUCUCCUCCUCACCCCAUCUCCUCCUCACCCCAUUUCCUCCUCACCCCAUUUCCUCCUCACCCCAUCUCCUCCUCACCCCGUUUCCUCCUCACCCCGUCUCCUCCUCACCUCGUCUCCUCCUCACCCCGUCUCCUCCUCACCCCGUCUCCUCCUCACCCCAUCUCCUCCUCACCCCAUCUCCUCCUCACCCCAUCUCCUCCUCACCCCAUUUCCUCCUCACCCCAUUUCCUCCUCACCCCAUUUCCUCCUCACCCCAUUUCCACCUCACCCCAUUUCCUCCUCACCCCAUUUCCUCCUCAACCCACCUCCUCCUCACCCCAUCUCCUCCUCACCCCAUCUCUUCCUCACCCCAUCUCCUCCUCACCCCAUCUCCUCCUCACCCCAUCUCCUCCUCCCAAGUCUCACCAUCCCUCAAAUAUCCCCUUCACUCACAUCCCCAUCCGUGUUGCUCUUCUGUAAACAUGAAGGACGGGGUUGACGCGGAUCAUAUGAGUGUGGGCGUUCGAACUGCCACAGGCUCGUUGUCGAGGGCGCCGCGACACAAUGGGAGGCACCAUCUCCGCCCCACCCCACUCCGCUUUCCACCGUCUCCGCCCCACCCCACUCCGCUUUCCACCAUCUCCGCCCCACCCCACUCCGCUUUCCACCGUCUCCGCCCCACCCCACUCCGCUUUCCACCAUCUCCGCCCCACCCCACUCCGCUUUCCACCGUCUCCGCCCCACCCCACUCCGCUUUCCCCCAUCUCCGCCCCACCCCACUCCGCUUUCCCCCAUCUCCGCCCCACCCCACUCCGCCCUGGCCCACUCUUCCCCACCAUAUUCCGCUGCACCCCAUCUCAAGAGCACCCCAUUCCGCCCCACCCCAUCUCAAGGUCACCCCAUUCCGCCCCACCCCUCAAAAUCACCCCAUUCCGCCCCACCCAUCUCCACCCCACCCCAUCUCUGCCUCCCGCUUGUAUCCCCCAUACCCUCGAUCCUAG